AUGAAACUUUGCAUUGAUCGAAAAUCGAAUGGUGGGAUCAUUAGCCAAUGCAAUCAAGUUUUUGUUGAGAUGACUGCAGUUGCACUGCGUUACUCAGCUGGGGACACAUGGAGUGGUUGGUCAGUUGAUGGUGGAUGGUGGUGCUGUGGCGAACUAAGUGCUUUGGUGUGGGGCAUACUUUUGAUUGUAAUGCGCUUAGUUUUGUUACAAAAUUUCAAUUCUUAUCAUGGUACAGGAUCAUUGUUAUUGUUAAGAUUAUCAUUACGAAUUUUCGAAAUGGAAAUCAAUGAGUUGGAACAGCAACAACAAGAGUACCAUGAAAUCGCGGAACAUACUCUGAUCUCUUCAACAACGUAUGAGGAUAUGAAAAUAACUUCAAGCGAGAAUCAAGAGGAAACGCAUGUACCGCAGCACCAGCAAUUAGGUGCUCAGCCACAGCACCAGCAGUUAAAUGCCCAGCCGCAGCACCAGCAGUUAAAUGCUCAGCCACAGCACCAGCAGUUAGGCGCUCAGCCACAGCACCAUGAGCAUUAUGCGCAAAUGGAACAUCAGGAUCAUGAAGCAAGUAAAGUCAAUAGUAGCAUCACCUAUUCUAUAAUUAUGGCAAUAUUACGGAAGAAAUGUCAAGCAUUUGUUGACAAAUUGGGGGCAAUAAAUGAUAGUGGUCUGAAUGGAAUGAUGAGAGAUGAAAUGCAUCUUCAUGAGGAUGAGAAGUGUCAUCGACAGCACCUCGAACGUGAAGGAAGUCAUUUCAGUAAUGGUAUAGAUGAACAUCAUGAAGGUGAGGAGUGUGGUGGAGAAUAUGAGAAUGUUCAUCAAACCGGACAAGAACAUAGCGAUUUUGAAAAUUAUCAGUCGUAUCCAGAACGUGCACCAACAGAUAGAGAGGCUGUAGAUUAUCGAGGUGAGGAGUACCAUUGUGAUGAAUAUCGUACUGAUGAAUACCGCACUGAUGAAUUCCGAGGUGGGUUUCGUGGACGUGUCGGUUAUCGAGGGGCAGCAAGUGGCGGUGCCAUGUCACCUUAUGCUUACGGACCACAAAGUGUAAGUGGUGGAGGUUGGCGUCCCCGUGGUCCAAGUAAUUGGCGCAGUGGUAGAGGUGUUUAUAGUGGAACCCCACGUGGAGGACUUUAUGGAACUACUGAAAUGGAUGAUGCAUAUAGUUAUGAUCGGUCAAGAGGGUUUCAACGAAUGCGUGGUGGUUAUGGAAUGCGUGGUCCACGACCUGGAUUUAUGGGGGAUGGACGUACUAUGCGAGGUCCGCCAUUUCAGCCACGACCCCCAUUCUAUCCUUCACCGUAUCCGGGAAUGCCUCCAAUUGCAAUGCCUCCUAUGACUCAUCAGUUACCCACACAACAAACACCUCAACAGCAAGCCGAGAGAUUGAAAAAACUUGCUGGUCUUUCUCCUGAUCAAGAAUUGUGGGUGGAAACUAAAUCGCCAGAUGGAAAGCCGUAUUACUAUAACGCUGUUUCGCGUGAAACAGUGUGGGAGAAACCUGAAAACGCGAAAGUAAUGGAACAAGGUGAACUACAAGCUCUGGUUGAGAAAGAUGCGAAGGAAGAAAAAGAACAAACCGCUCAAGCUGUCUCUGUUGGUAGUGCAUAUGGCUCUACUGUACCACCGCAGAUGGCUGCAACUAUGCCGAUGGGUGGUUAUCCACCUAUGAUGCCACCACCAGGCUUCCCAAUGAUGCCACCAAUGAUGUUUCCUCCGCGGGGACCAGCUUACCCUCCUAUGUUUCCUGGCGUACCUCCUUCGUAUCCAAUGCCAGUUUCUGGACUACCACCAGUUGUGCCUGCAGCUGUUUCUUCUGUUGCUGAUGUUUCUAUGGUACCAUCGGAUGCUACUAUUUGGCAAGAAUAUACAGCUCCUGAUGGACGGAAAUACUACUACAACACCCAAACACAAGAGACGACGUGGGAUAAGCCGAAAGCUCUUGAAACUUCCACCGCUAGUACCUCUGAAGCCAUGGACAGUAGUCCUGCUACACCAGCAUUCACGGAGGCACAACAGCAAGCGGCAGCUUUAGCCCAGCAACAGGUGCAAGCUCAGUUAGCAGCUGCUAAGGCAGCAGCAGAGGAGGCAAAGAAGCAAGAGGAAGAGUCGGCAAAGGAAAUGGAAGUAGAAACGAAACAAGUUGAUAAGUCGAGGCCGGUCAGUAGUAACCCUGUAGCUGGAACACCAUGGUGUGUCGUGUGGACAGGAGAUCAUAAAGUAUUUUUCUAUAAUCCUUCAACCCGCACGUCUGUUUGGGAAAGACCACCUGAGUUAUAUAAUCGACCAGAUGUAGAUUUACUGGUAUCAAAGCCACCGGAAGAAAAGAGUGAGUUGCCGUCUUACAGUUACAAAAAGCCAGAAAAUCCUCAAAAAAUGGAUGAUGAUAGAACGGAAAGCCGUGUAAGAAGUGACGAUGAUGAUGAGGAAGAAAAUGCGCCACCUGCAGCUAAAAAAAGUCGGAAAGAAAAGAAAAUGCAAGUUUUUACUGCUUGUGAUAUUACAGUAGGUCGACAAAAGGAGAAGCAACGUUUGGAGCAACUAGCAGCAAAAAAAGAAAAGGAUAGACCAAGACAAAUGCUUGAGAAGCAGGUUGACCCGGCUAUCCAAGCAGAGUUACAAGCUCAGAAAGAAAGAGAAGAAGUGCCAUUCGAGCGUAGAUUACAGGAAUUCAAAGAAAUGUUGAUGGAAAAAAAUGUAAGUGCUGGUAGUUCUUGGGAGAAGGAAUUAUCCAAAAUUGUAUUCGAUAAGCGCUAUCUACUUUUGAACGCCGUCGAACGCAAGGCUGCAUUCGAGGCUUAUGUAAGAGAAAGAACCGAAGUCGAACGCGCUGAAAAGAAGAAACGUACUAAAGAAGCGAAAGAAAAUUUCAAGAUUUUGCUAGAAGAAGCUAAAUUACAUGGAAGAUCUUCGUUUUCUUCUUUCGCAUCAAAGUGGGGUAAAGACAGCCGUUUUAAAGGGGUUGAGAAGAUGCGAGACAAAGAAGAUAUAUUCAACGAAUAUGUACAGGAACUUGAAAAGAAAGAAAAAGAAGAACGUAAAGAAAGAAGGGAAAAGGCGCGUAGAGAUUUUGUUGCGAUGCUUAUGGAAAAAAAUAUUACUCGUCGAACAAAAUGGUCCUCUUUAAAGAAACAGUUAGAAGAUGAUGAUCGUUACAAAGCUAUCGAUCGGUCUUCGAGUCGUGAAACUCUUUUCCGUGAAUAUCAGGACACACUGCCAGAAGAAUCGAAUUCAGACAUUGAAGAAGAAAAUGAUCGACAGAAGCGUUUCGCAGCAGAAGCUGCAAUAGAAGAACGUAAAAAGGAAGUGGAGGCUGAGCUAGGAGAGCAACUGAAAGAAAGAAGCAAAGAACACGAGAAGCAUAAAUACCAAGAGCAUGAAGAUUCCUUUAGAGCUUUGCUUAUUGACCUAAUAAAAUCAACUGAUUAUACAUGGCAUGAAGCACGCCGAGUUUUACGAAAAGACUCACGUUAUGAAAAUUGUGAUCUCUUGGAAAAGGACGCUAAAGAGCGCUUAUUUGAAACUCACAUUCUGCAUUUAGAGAGGAAACGACGCGAACUUUUUUUCCAAUUAUUAAAUGAAACAAAAGAUAUUACGUCGAGUAUGAAAUGGCGAGAGGCCAGGAAAAUUAUAGAAAAAGAUGAACGAUUCUCAAAAUUCAGCGUCAGUGAAAGGAAGACAGAACGUGAUUACAAAGAAUGGAUGGAGGAACGGAAAGAAUCAGUAAUGAAGGACUUCAAAGAUCUAUUGAAAGAGACUAAGAUCAUCACAUAUAAAUCACUGAAAAUGAUACAAGAAAAUGAGCAGCAUCUCCGUGAUAUACUUGCUGUACUUGAGAAUGAUAAGCGAUAUAUUGUUUUGAAUGAUGCACCUGUAGAACGGGAACGAUUGCUGGAGCAGUAUUUGGAAGAUCUGGAUAAAAAAGGUCCGCCUCCACCUCCUACACAACAGGAAGCUGACAGACGGCGCAAAUGA